UUGGCUUUCAGUUUUAGCUGGGGACUGACUGAGAGAGAGAGAGAGAGAGAGGAAGGAAGAAAGUGUGAUUGGCGACGGUGGAGAGGAUGGCCGUGGCAGCGACGGCGAGCCUCUGCAACCGCAACCGCUCUCCGUUCCUCGGCCGCUUCCCUCCUCCUCCUCCUCCUCCUCCUCCUCUCGCCGGGAAGACCCAAUCCGGACUCUGUGGUGGGAGGUCAUUCCGAGCCGCCGAAGUUCGUGCACUGUUCUGGAGAUCGAACAAGUCUUUGGAGCCUCGAGAAACUGUUGAUCUUUCCCUCGGUGAUUAUACUUUGACAACUUCGGGCGCUGAGGAUGUCUCGACAACAGAGUCGAGACCUAAGCAGAUAUCGCUCUCGGUUGUUUCUUCCAUAAGUGAGAUUUCAUCAAGUGAUUGGGAUGCAUGUGCUCUUGAUGCUACUGGCCCUGAGAAAUAUAAUCCAUUUCUUUCGCAUGGGUUUCUUUCGAGUUUGGAGGAGUCUAACUCUGCGGUGAAGGAAACAGGAUGGAUGCCACGGCAUAUUGUUACUAAGGAUGAAUCUGGGACUGUUAUAGGUGUUGUUCCACUUUAUCUUAAAAGUCACUCGUAUGGUGAAUUUGUCUUCGACCAUUCUUGGGCAGACGCAUACUACGGUUAUGGUUCAAGAUACUAUCCAAAGUACCAGUGUUGUGUGCCUUUUACCCCCGUAACUGGUCCUCGGAUUCUACUUCGUGAUUCCUUAUAUAAGGAUCAAGUUUUUGGCAUUGUAGUAGACACCUUAAAGAAUCUGGUUGCUAAGUCCCAGGUAUCGUCAAUUCACAUCACAUUUUCUUCUGAGAAUGAAUGGCACAACCUCAAGGAAAAGGGUUUUCUACAGCGGCUAGGAAUGCAGUACCAUUGGAGAAAUCGAAACUAUACAUGUUUUGAUGAUUUUUUGAUGGACUUGAAGCAGAACAAAAGGAAAAAUAUACGUCAGGAGCGCAAGAAGAUUUCUGCCCAAAACUUGACGAUGAAGCGGCUUCGAGGGAAUGAAAUAAAGGCUAAGCACUGGGAUUCUUUCUAUACGUUCUACAGGAACACCACCGAUAACAAGUGGGGCAGCCCUUAUAUGACGAGAGAGUUUUUUCAUAACUUGGGAUCCAAAAUGGGAGAUCAAGUGUUACUGGUUGUAGCUGAAGAAGGGGAUGAACUUGUUGCAGGAGCCCUUAAUCUUAUAGGUGGAGAUACUGUAUAUGGACGCCUCUGGGGAUGUCAUCCCAAAGCUUAUUAUCCCAGCUUACAUUUUGAAGCUUGUUAUUACCAGGCAAUAGAAGCUGCCAUAGAGCUUAAUUUGAAAACAGUGGAGGCAGGGGCUCAGGGCGAGCACAAAAUUCAGCGAGGUUAUAUGCCUGUACCCACUUACAGCUGCCACUACCUUUUGGAUGAAGAUUUCAGCAAGGCCAUAGAGGAAUUUGUAGCGCGCGAGGCGACUCAGGUCAAACUUGUGAUGAAGCUGAUCCAGGACUCUGGACCCUUCAAAGAAGACAUACAGUAGAAACACGCCGAAGAAAGUCCCAUGUGUGGUUGUGGUAUAUGGACAUCUCUAUGAAUAUUAUCACUUCGUAUACGCUUGAAAUCGUUUCUAAUUUACAGAUCAAUUAGUUGA